GCGGCCCGCCUGUCCUUAACUAGGUGACUAGCUUUUCUCCCUUUCCCUUUCCCUUCACAUGCUGCAGUGUCUACUGUCCACUGUCCACUGUCGGUCGAGUCGAGUCAGCGCGGCCACAGGAUGAUAGGACGGUACAGGACGGUAAUAUACAGGACUGCGUUGCGUUGCAUGCUAUUGUUGGAUGGAUGACUGAGUAGCACCGUAUGCUCUACGGUUCGAUCGAGCAUCGUCUGGUCCGCACGGGUGGCGGGGAAAAGAUGUGGUCGAGCUCCUCCCCCCGCGUUUGUGCAUGGAGGCCACAUUCACAAGAUGCUGGGUCUUACGGCACGGGCGGUCGGUGGAACCACUGUUGCAGCGGCGGCGGGCAAGAGCGCAGGACGAAGGCCGGCCACGACCACGACGACCACGACGACCACGACGACGCGCUCCGGGCGGCUACCCAGCAAAACAAAAAUAUAUAGAGAUAUACAACGGGAUACAGAAUUCCCGGACGGAUGCAGUCUUUCGUUCGCUCGUUCGUGCGUUCGUUCGUUCGCCGUCUACAAAAGCUACCGGUUGCUUCCGUGACGAUGGAUGGACGGGACGGAUGGGUGGAUGGGUGGAUGGGUGGAUGGGCGAUCGUCCGGCACGGCAGACGGCAUCUAUAUCGAACGUUAGAUGCUGCUGGUGCUGGUGUUGCCGCCAUUCGAAUUCCCGUUUCGCUAUGUGCUCAGCUCACAGUUCAGUUGGCCAUAUCGUGUCGUGUCGUGUUCCCACCAUGACUCGAUCUGAUCCCCAUCGAGCGAGCGAGCCAGACAGACUUCCCGCGGAAUUGCCAAAAAUAAUAAUAAUAAUAAUAAUAAUAAUAAUAAUAAUAACAACAGCAACAAUGCCCCAUGAUAUUCGUUCGGGAUGCGACUUCUGCCCGGUCCUGCAAAUUCAUUGCACAUGCACACCCCGCGCGGAUUGGAAUCACUGCACAGCACACUCGCCACUACUAUAUGCUACUCUAUGCUACCUACUCUAUACACAUACGCACUCACGUAUGUACAACGGCCGGUCGGAUGCGGCAGAAACUACCUAUGGUAUGUACAUACUCUGUGUAUAUGCUACGCAUUGGCCGCACCGGGCUACGGACAAACCCUUGCUCAUCUGCACGGAUGCGGGGGAUGGAUGGCUGGAUGGAUGGGUGAUGGAGGAUGGAUGGAGGAGCUGCAGGGUCUGUCUCGGUGACGAUAUUGCCACGCAGCAUCGCAGGACAAACAAAGCCUGUUCCAUGUCGGUCGGCAGAGAGAGAGGGGGGGGAAGCGGAAACAAACAUUGCACAGCGCAAGCCACGAUAUCGAUGUCAAAGAAGAGAGGGGGGAGGGAGUUAGCCGGUUUCGCGGACGGACGGGUGUGUGAGGCUGUUUCCAACCGUCCAUUCGGUGGCGAGAAACGACUCGAUCUGUGCUGUGGUGUGGUGUGCUGUGUCCGCCGCGUCUGUACAUGCUGGGCAUGAUGCCCCUCUGUGUUCGCUGCUCGCUGCGGUGCAACGGCGUGCUGCGUGCUGCGUGCGACGUGCUGUGCGACGAGCGCUGGUCGUUUCAUCCGGCUCUGCUUACGUCAAUGGCGGCCCUACACCGGUGACCGAUGGAGGAGAUGCAAAACCGUGCCGGCGAGGAAAGCAGCAGGGGGCAUCGCGACCACCGGCCCCCGCACUCAAAGGCGGGAGACGCGGGGAAGACGCCCCGUCGUGCUUAUAGUACAUUUCAAGGCGCCCGCCUCAACUCAACUCGCACUCAACCCCGCGUAUGUACCACCAAGCAAGUCUACAUACAACCUCGGCGACGAGGCCGCAGUUGGUGCGACGGGUCGGGACAACUACG